AUGCGAUCUUUUGUCCCGACUGUGGUCAUCCUCCUGGCCAGUCUAGCGCAUUUCUGCUCGCAGGCCCGGGCUCUCGGUCUCGCACGCGCCGCUGCCGCUGUCACCGCGGACUCGUCUCAAGAAUCCGACGCUGCCAACGGAUCGGGAGCAACACCUAAUCGAUACUUCAUCGUCGCACACCCUCCACCACAAGCAGGACGUGCAUCCUCGAACUCGUCUUUUGAUGUUCAAUUGGUCAGUGUUUGGGCACUUGCUCGGCCUUUCACUCAACUUCCCAAAGGUCUUUGGGAAGUGACUCGUUUGGGGCGCGUGACAGCCGGUAGCCCCUUUCGGUGUCUUUCAGACCGGCCCGGGCGCGUUGUUUUCGUUAGGGUCACCGGACACGGAAGGACAGAAAAAAAAGGAAAAAGCGGGGGCGUGAGACUGACUCCUCUCUUGGUGCAUAUGUAUGUAUGACGAAACCAGUCGACGUGCACCGCCUCGUUGGACCGCAUCAUUUCCAAGAUGCCCACGGGCGUAGAGGUCGUUCACCAACUUCGCUCAGAGUGGUUUCAAGGAUUGAGCGUCGUCGUCAAGGGGAAUGUUACGGCCGAGGAGUUAGGAGCUACUCGAGGGGUCAAGGUCAGCAUCCUUUCCUUUGGACUCGUAUGAAACAUAUGUUGAUAUUCUGUCUUCGUUUUGUGGGAUGUAGCAUGUCAUCCCUGUUGGAAAGAUACCUCAUCCCGAGCACUCGAUGCCUGCACCGCUGAAGACUCUGCUGAAACGUCAAAAUCCGACCGAACGCUUGAAAAAGCCGGACGUUGGGUUCGCAAAUAAAAGUACAACUGUAUUUGCUCCUCAUGCCAUGAGUGGUGUUGAUGACUUGCAUAGACGAGGGGUAAAGGGUAAAGGUGAGUGGUCCGUUGCGCUUUGAUCCGCGGGAGUUGUUACAAAUUCUGAUCGUCUGUCCCGUGGUUCAGGGACCCAUGUCUGCGUAAUCGAUACUGGUGAGCGCACGAUUCACACUUCACCUCGUAUUUCGGAAAUCAUUCAUAGAGAGCUGAUCGGGCAUUCUUCGUACAGGGGCCGACUACAAGAACCCGAUCCUCGGAGGGGGUUUUGGUCCCGGCUACAAGUUGACGACCGGCUAUGACUUUGUUGGUGAUGACGGCCAAAGCCCCAGCAAUGACCCAUACACCGAAUGCGACAAGCACGCGACGCACAUCUUGGGUAUCAUCGGAGCCAACGAGAAUCCGUACGGCUUUCUCGGUGUCGCGCCCGAAGCUACGCUUGGCCUGUACAGGUGAGAAUGAGCCUUUCCGCGCUCGACGCAAUAGUCGUUCAGAUCUGAAGCGCCAUUCACAUGCCAUCAGGAUUUUCGCUUGCCGCCAACAGGGCGGACAAGACGAUACUCUCGUUCAGGCUAUGCUACGAGCUGAAGCAGACGGGUGCCAGGUCAUUUCGUGAGUAUUCACCUGCAGCUGGGGUAGUUUCGCGUCUGAGCAAAUACUGACGUGAUCCAACUGGUAGUAUGAGUUUUGAGGCCGGCAACUCGGACUGGGGAGAUGACUACCCUCCAAGGACGGUGAUGAACGGUCUCUCUGCCAAAGGGAUCAUCUUUCUCGCUUCGAGCGGCAAUAGUGGGGCCGCCGGCUUGUUCUCGGCACAAGAUCCCGCGAUCGUCUCGAGCGUUCUCUCGGUGGGAUCGGUCGAUGUCACUGCGUUCGCCCGCGUCUUCCCCCUCAGUUUCGACAAUUCGAGCCUCAAACCGGUGGGGUACCUCUCUGUAUUGCCGAUCAUGCUCAACGACUCGAUGCCGCUCUACUUCGUGACGCAGAGUGAAAAGCUUGACCUGAACAACCCCGCGUGCGCCUCUCUUCCCGCGACCAUUCAAGAUCUAUCUCAAAAGAUCACCGUGGUGCAGUUGACACCGCAAUGUGAUUUGACAUCGUUACAAAUUCAUCUAACUGCUCGCAACGCCCGCUACGUCAUCGUCCACGACAUUGCAAACAGCCCGGCGGCAGCCGCAUCGUUCUACGUUCCUGGAAUUGACCAAGGGACGUAUUUUCUUGGCAUGUCCAAGGACGAUGGUCUACGCUUGCUCUCGUACUACAAAACCGAUCCGAGUCUUCGUGUCAACUUCCGAACGCGCAUGCCGCUCGCGCCACUUCCAAACCCUAGCACAGGGGGCCUCAUCUCGGCCUACUCGUCCCACGGCCCUUCCAAUUCGCUCGCCAGUCCCGGAACCCACAUCGUCGCUCCUGGUGGAUCGAUCCUUUCCACCUUCCCCAUGAGCAUGGGGUCGAUCGGUAUCAUUUCGGGAACAAGCAUGAGUACCCCUUUCGUCGCCGGUGUAACAGCGCUCUUGCUCUCCUCCCCGUCGACAAAGGGGCUCAGCUCGGACCAGCUCAGAGCGCUGCUCGCGACGACCGCCAAGUCCGUGAUGGGUGGCAGCACGAAGGGCGAUGGUCGACCAGCUUCGGUGCUCGUCCAAGGAGGCGGUCUUGUCUCGGCACCACACGUAUUCGACGCAAAAACGCUGGUCGAGCCUUACUUUCUGGCUAUGAACGACUCCUCCAGCCAUGAACGGACGAGAUCGAUCAAGCUCACGAAUCACAAUUUACGGGCAGUGACGUACGUCUUCAAGAACCUACCGGCAGAAACUUUGGCACUCUUCAAUGAAGUAAUUAUUCAGCGUUUCUAAACUUUGAGGAGGAGAGCAACUUCGUCAAACACACUUCUGAUUUCCACAGAGCGUCAGUUCCGACAGCUUGAUUCCUGCCUCGCCUCCAUGCUUGGUCAAGUCGGCGCGAGUCUCUUUCAGCCCGACGAAGCUCACCGUGCCUGCUGCCGGGUCCGCAUCUUUCCAAGUCACCAUCACCUCCAGCUCGCUCUACAGCAACCACUUUCCCUUCUACAGCGGAACGAUCUCGAUCCAAGGUGACGACCCAUCUCAGCAACGUUUCCAAGUGCCUUAUUUUGGUCUCGCGGCUAAGUUGGCCGACGCACCCGUGCUUAGCACUAGCUUGGCCAGCACUUCGCGAUAUGGCUCGGAGGGUUUGAGGUACCCCUUCGUGUCUGUAGGAUAUCCUUCGUCGAAUGCUCUUGUGUUGGGGCGGGGCCAAGGAUCGAAUGUCACGACUUGCAAGCGAUCGGAUGGGCUGACGAUCGUCUAUCGGCUGCUUCGUGAGUCUAGGCUCCUGUGUUUUCAGUCCUUUCAGAUGAUCCCAACAAACCUUCUACUCCCCAGUGCCAACUCGGGCGCUUUAUGUUGACCUCGUUUCUGCCAACACGACUCAAUAUUCGAUCGUUCCCGGUCGACGAUUACCAGCGUCCGCGACCAGGCUUUCAGGCUCCUCUCAGCAACCCUCUCAGGAUAGACGACCUUUCGACGCAACCUCCACUCUGGGUCGGAUAUAUACGACCGACCUCCUCGAUCGGGACCAUUUGCCAACCAAUGACCGGCAAAUCAGCUUCAAUGGUGGGAUCCCGCCGGCCACUCUUGAUUCAUUAGGGGCUAGCAGCCUGCCGAAGCAGCUCGCCACGGGUCAACCGGCCCGAAUUUUACUUCGGUGAGUUGCACUCUCAGCAAUCCCACCAGCCCCCAUGCUGAUAUAAACAACUACAUCCUUCACAGGGCCCUACGACUGAACGCCGAUCCUGGGCUCGAGUCAAGCUAUGACUCGUUCCUCAGUGCCGCCUUCCAAUUCAGUGACUAGGACCCUGUCCAUCACGAUUAAUCUACCUCUGGCAGCGCAGUAAACGGACAUUUGUUUUGCAUCACUGUACAUUGCAUGACAUGGACAGUUUGGAAGGCAGUUUACAAUAUAAUUGCAGUACUUCUUAAUAGCAUCCCGUUGAUUCUGCUGUGAUUGCAAACUUUGCAGGUGUAUACCUGAUCAUUUGUGACGCACUGAGGUCGGGGAUUCGUCGGCCUUAAAAGCUUAAAUAGCCGGGCGCCGCGGGGUCAGCUCGUUGCCUUCCUGCCGAAUGCUUCGAUCGUUGCUUCACUCGCUCACAGCUCCUACCUGUCAAGUCACCCGGUCCUUCCACACCACUUCGAUCUCGGUCGGUGUGGUCGCAGGCGACUCUCACUCCUCCGCGGCAUCGGACCCGGACCGCACAUCCCGGCAAAGUGCGGUAGCUGCGUCAAUCCACGCCGCUUGUCGAGACUAUGGCUUCUUCUACGUUACCGGCCUCGACUCGGUGAUCAGUCGCGAAGAAAGACAAAGCUCGCUCGCAGUCGCACGCCAGUUCUUUGAUUUGCCAGAGCCAAUUAAGCAACGCGUGCGGAUCGACAAGGGCGGCGACGGCGCGAGAGGGUGGCAGAAGCUGGGCGAGAACGUCACGCAGUACCAAGGUUAGGCAUAAAAGCCACUACCGUGUGGCUUCGGUGGUCUUUCUGGCCCAUGUACUGCGCCUCGGUUGGCGUAGCGCGGGGUCCGACGGAGCAGCUGCGCGGGCUGUGACCGCGUGACCCCCACAUAUUAGCGGUGCAGCCCGGGCCUUAAACGCCGCAACCUGACUCUUGCCAUUCUCCUCGUUCAACACUAGCUAAUCACCACGAGGGGUACGAUCUCUGUGAGUCUGGCGUCCUCCACGUUCUAGGAGUCACCUUUUGACCGCAAGUUACGUUUCUGUUUCAGAUCGGCCAGUCAAGAAUCCUGAUGCGACCAAGCUGCUGCACGGCCACAACCCGUGGCCGGUCGAGCCCGCCAACUUCCGUCCCACGCUUGAAAGGUGGAUCGAAAAAUGUCAGAUCAUCGGUAUGGCCUUGAUGCAAGCCACCGCACUUGGACUGGGCAUGGCCCUCGAUAGCGACGAGUGGAAGCACCUCCGAGCGUCCGUGGACGAGAGUUUCUGGGUGAUGAGGUGAGAGCGGCGGCCGGAGACGUCGUGGGGAUGUUCCAAGGGCUUGCGACCGACAUUCGUGGUCCACAUAUACAUCAACAGAUGCAUCGGCUAUCCUCCUCUUCCCAAGGACGCCAAAGGCGUCUCGUGAGGUGCUCACAAGAGUCAGUUUCAUCAACAUAUUGAUUUGGAAGCAUGAUCGCACCUUGUCUGACCUGUUUCAUUAUCAACAGAUUAUGGUCAGUAUUGUCCCUUCUCUCGUCACGGACAGAUUCGCUCUACCGCCGCUCUUAUUGACCACCUCUACGCGGCUCGGAAAAUAGGCUGCUACACCCUGCUGCACACCGACUCGACUCCCGGGGCCCUGCAAGUCUUCCUGCCUUCGGAACAGGGUGCGAGCGAGGAGAACGGUGUGCGAGAAAGCUGGAUCCCAGCUGAUCCUAUACAAGACGCCUUUGUGGUGAAGUGAGGCCUCCUGUGCGUUCAGAUCGCGCGAUGUCGGUGUUGACGCUCCGAAGCGGUUAUCGUUUCUUGCGCUCUGUGCAGUAUUGGUUCCAUGUGGGAGAUCUGGAGCGCGGGCCUGUACAAAGCGACAAUACAUCGGGUCCUACAUGAAAGCCCCAACUAUCGCAUCUCGUGAGUCUUGACUUGUGACGCGUCUUGAAUCUUCACAGGUGAUUUCGUGGGCUGACAUUCCGGGACUGCGCAAAUUUUUUCGGACCCCCGGUUGGACACCGAACAGCAUUCUCUUCUUCUUUGAGCCCAACUUUGAUGCGGUCAUUAAGGUAGGCUUUCAACAUUGA